AUGGCCCCCAGGGAAGGAGCGCACCGAUCCUCUCGUCGGAGACCGGCCGAAGGAACGGGCGAAUCACCCAAACGACAUCAGCACAGGAAAAAGAGACCGACCACGAGAAGGCCGGCGGCGGCGUCAAAUCCUGAAGAAAUCAGGGAAGAAAGACGGCACCGGCGAGGGUCGUCUUCACAAAAUCUUUCUUCGGGAGCUUUGGCGCAAUUGAAUAGAGAUAAUGAACGACGCAAGCAUAGGGCAGAGAAGGAGCGGCGGAGGCGGCAGAGAGGAGAAUAUCACGAAGUAGACACGACGCCCCGUUCGACACCGCAAAAAGCGCGCAAACAUCACAAGAGCAAGAAGAGGAGGGUUGUGAGUGGUGCAAUCAUGGAGGAGGGAAGGGCGGGAAAGUCGGGGCUGAGGGGAGGUGGUAGUUGGGGCGAUUAUGAGUAUGAGAAGGAGGAGCUGUAUCGCCAUCAUAAGAAAAAGAAGUCAAAAAAGAAGCUCUGGAUAAUUCUCGGCGCUGUCAGCGUCGUGUUACUCAUCAUCAUCGUUGUUGUGGCUGUGGUUGUCACCAAGAAGAAUAGCGAUGGCGACUCAUCAUCCAAAUCAUCUUCACUGGAUGGAAAAGAUCCAAAUGAAGUUCCGGCCAAGUGGAAGAAUACAUAUCUCGAUCCGUGGAGUUGGAAAACAACCACCGAUUUUAACGUUACCUUCACGGAUCAAAUGAUGGGUGGGCUGCCUUUGAUGGGUCUAUUUACUGACUGGGACGACUCAGCAAAGGCAAACGACAAGGUCCCAGCGUUAAAUGAGGCUUGGGGUUCGUACGGGAAUCGACCGGCGCGGGGAGUCAAUCUAGGGGGUUGGCUAUCACUAGAGCCUUUUAUCACACCGUCCCUCUUCAACUACAAUCUUCAAAUGGGCAUCAUUGACGAAUGGACGCUUUGCAAACACCUUGGCGGCUCAGCUGCAAGCACUUUGGAAAAUCACUACGCCACAUUUGUGACGGAAGACACGUUCAAAGCCAUUGCCGCGGCCGGCCUCGACCACGUACGGAUUCCAUUUUCCUACUGGGCGGUUGAAGUUUACGACAGUGAUCCAUAUGUGUUUCGAACAUCAUGGCGGUACCUCCUGAGGGGAAUCGAGUGGGCGAGAAAGUAUGGUCUCCGGGUUAACCUCGAUCUUCACGGACUGCCAGGGAGUCAAAACGGCUGGAACCACAGCGGCCGAUGGGGAGCUAUAGGAUGGCUCAAUGGUACCAACGGACAGCUCAAUGCUCAAAGAUCACUGGAUGUCCAUGACAAGCUCACGCAAUUCUUCAGCCAAGACCGCUAUAAAAACAUCCUCACUCACUACGGAUUAGCCAACGAACCGCGAAUGACCAUGUUGAAGACGGCAGAUGUCAUCAAGUGGACAGAAGAUGCAUACAAGAUUGUGCGGAAGAACGGAGUGAAGGCAUUGGUUAUUUUUGGUGACGGCUUCAUGGGUCUCGACAAUUGGCAGGGUCUGAUGACAGGCUACGACGACAUGGUACUCGACGUGCACCAGUAUGUGAUUUUCAACGAGAAUCAAAUCGACUUCACGCACCAAAAGAAGAUCCAGUACGCCUGCACGGGAUGGACGCAACAAACGCAGCAAAGCAUGGACCGCAAAACGGGAUAUGGACCAACCCUGUUCGCAGAAUGGUCCCAGGCAGACACAGACUGCGCGAAACAUUUGACAAACGUAGGCUGGGGAAAUCGCUGGGAGGGAACACUCAACACGGGAGACAAGAGCACAUCGGUGCUGACGCCGCGUUGUCCCACAAAGGACAGCAGUUGUUCAUGUGCCAAGGCCAACGCAGAUCCCAGCCAGUACAGCGACCAGUACAAGAAGUUUCUCCAGAUGUUUGCGGAAGCACAGAUGCACAGCUUCGAAAAGGGCUGGGGCUGGUGGUAUUGGACUUGGAAGACGGAGAGUGCGCCCUUGUGGAGUUAUGAGGCGGCUCUGCAAGCAGGAAUCAUGCCGACCAAGGCGUAUAGUCGGGAUUUUAACUGCGAUGUCGAUGUUCCUGAUUUUUCUAAGAGUGGGUUACCGGAGAACUAUUAG